AUGGUCAACAGACUGGAUCAGCCGGCUUUGGAUCAAGUGUCUGGUGCAAGCGGUCAACUGUCUGGAUCAGCUGGCUUUGGUCAAUCAGGAUCUGGUAGCCAGCGUCAAACUGGAUCAGCUGGCUUUAGUCAGCUGAGCUUCAAUGGCCAGAGGGUGACUGGGUCAACUGGUCUUAACCAGGCUUCAAACGGCCUUAGUCAGUCUGGAUCUCAAGGCAUCAUUGCUGGAUCAAAUGGAUUUAGUCAGGGUGUGACUGGAUUAAGUGGCCAAAGUGUGACUGGGUCAGCUGGCUUUAGUCAGAAUAGUUCAGCUAAUCAAGCCUCCUUGGGAUCUACUGCCUUUAGCCAGACGGGAUCAGGUAGCCAGCGUUUAUCCGGAGCAAAUAGCUUUAGUCAGACAAAGUCAAGUGGAUCUAGCUUCAGCAGUUCCUCAAGUUCACAGGGAAGUUUCAGUUCAUCCCAAAACAAUGCUGGGCUCAAGAGCGUUGCUGUAGUACUGGCAGGAUCACCUGAAGCUUCAAAAUUGUUGAACUAA